AUGGAUGCAGAUUUUAUUGAACAAAAAAUGAUCGAAGAAAUCACGGUAAGAUUUCUCUCAUAACAGAACUGUACAUUUUAUUCAAAGGAAGUGUUUUCAGGCUCGAAGAUCGCACGUUCUUCAAAAAAUUCGCCGACUUCGAGAAUGAGGCUUUGAAAAAACGCGAGUUGUUGGUGCAAUCUUGUCGUUUUCAAGUUUUCAACAGAGCAUCGAAAGAUUUGGAUUUAUCAAUUCGCGAACUUUUCGAGCUUGUUGAUAAAACAUUGAUUGCGCGCAACUCGGAAAGCUUGAAGAAAGUUUUCAAAAACAUUGGAAAACUGAAAAGCGAAGCGAUGGAGCUCGAAAAAAGCUUGUGUCAUUUGGAAGGUACCGCGUCGAAAUUUGAAAACGAAAAUCAUUUCGCAAAAGUAAAUGCGAAAGAAACGGCGAGAAAACUUCGAGAGGAUUGGGAAGCUUUGAUGAAUUUGUUGAACUUGAAAUUGAUUGAUGUUCAGAGGGAAUUAGAUUCUUCACAUUUCAUUCAGAAGUGUGAAGUUAUUUUGGAUUGGAUACAAAGUGUUAAGAAUAAUCAAUGGAAUCCAGACAAUAAUCGUAUUCUAUUCGAAGAAAUGCGAAAAUAUUCGGUUUUGUGGAAUGAAGUGAAACAAAUAUUUCACGAUUUUGAAAUGCCGAAAAAUGAAGAAAACAAGAUUUUCAAAAAAUUGGAGCUUGAAUGGCAAGGUUUGGAGAAUUUUGUUGAUUCGAUUUCAAAAGAAAUGGACGAACAUGAAAGAAUAUUGCAAUUCGUUGAAAAUGUAGAUGAUAUUGAAAAAUGGAUUGAUGAUAAGGAAAAGGAAAUGAAGGAGAAAUAUUUGGAAAUGGAUUUAGAGGAAAGUAUGAAAUAUCGAAAAACUAUUGAAAUUGAAAUUGAAACAACAAGAAGAAGAGUUAAAGAUGCAGAUAAGAAAAGGGAUACAUUUAUGAUGGAGAAUGAUGGAAAUGGGAAAGAUUUGAAGGAAAAAGUGGAGAAAAUUGAAAAUCGAUUCAAGAAGUUUGAAGAAUAUAUGGAGGUUUGUAAAUUUUCUGAAGAAAUUGGAUGAAUUCUGAUUAUGAGAGAAUUUUUAAAAUGCACCAAACUUUACCGAUCCAUCAAAACCGAUUUUAAAACUAGUUUUUUUUUCAGAAAUGGAAAAUCGAUGUUGAAAACAAAGCAGAUCUCGAAACAUUCCUCCACGAAGCCGAUGAUAUUUUAUAUUGGUGUUCGGAAAAAAUGGAGGAUUUGAAAAAUAUGAAACAAAAAGAUUCGAUGGAUUGUGAUGAGAUUGCAGUUUGGGUUGAAACCAAUAAUUUCGAUUUUGAAUCUUGGGAUCAUGUUGUUGAAAGUUUCUUCAAAAAUGGGCAAACUCUUCUUGAAAAAGGAAUUGAGGUUGAAAAAAGUUGAAGAGCAAAUGAGAAUUGUUGAAGCCGAAUAUAAAAUUCCGAAGAAAGAAUCUGUUGAAGUGAAUGCGUUUCUGGAAGAUAAAAUAAAAACUAUAUUUUUGGAAAGAGUUAUUUAUCAAACACAUUCAAAAGCUUCGCAUUUGGUGAGUUUUUUUUUAAAUUUAAUAUAUUGAUUUAUCAUGAUAAGAAUUAAUUUCAGGUAUCUGUUCUGAAAAACGAUUGGAAAACUGAGACAAGUGAACAAACUGAGAAAAUUCUUCUUAUGAAUGAUGGUUUGGCUUUGAGAUGUGCUUCUGUUGUUGAGCAAAUUGAGAAUAUCGAAAAAGAGCCGAAUAUCGAAAAAUUGGUAAGCUGUAUUUUGACAGUUAUUAAAAACAAUCUUUUUUUGAAGUCUCCGACAGCUUCUGAACUUGUCAGCGAUUUGUCAAUUAUGAAGGAUAUUUUGAAAAACACUUGUAGCGAUAAGAAGAAUUUCCUGACUCAAAAACUUGAUGUUUUCUAUCUUUUUGAUAAUUCGAAUGAAUUAAAAGAACAUACUGAAAGUAUUCUUCAUAGUUUGAAAACCGAGAUUCAUCGAGAAACGAAAUUAAAGAAUUCGAAAAAUCGAGUUGAUCCACUUUAUGAACAAUUGGAGAAUACUGAAAAGACGUACGAAUUAUUGAAAAAUAUUAUGAAACGAUCAGAUUGGGGAAAACAAAUGGAUAAUAUUAUCAAAGAGAAUUUGGAGAAAAUCCGGAAAAAUAUCGAAGAACUUAUUGUUGAACAAGAUGCACAAUUGGAUGAAUAUGAUGUGAAAAAAGAAUUGGAUGAAACUUCGAAUUUUGUUGAAAGAGUUGAAAGAUGGAUUGAUGAAAGUAUUAAAAAGUUGAAUAAUGAAGAUGAAACUGAUUCGCCGAUUAAAUGGAAUAAUUUGAAACAGAAAAUUGCAUUGUGCAAACAAUUGUUAUCGAUUAAUAAUGGAUAUAAGAAUUCGGUUGAGAAUCGCAAGAAAAGUUUCAAAAAAACUUUGACCAAUGAUGAGGCGAUGUAUUUGAUUGAUGGAAUUGAAGAUUCUUUGCAGGUUGGUAGAAGUUCAACAAAUAUCUCAGAAAAAUAAUUUCCUUUUCAAAUUCAAACAAAUAUUUUUUUCCAGGCGUUCGGCAAAGAUUUGGAGCAAAAAAUCAAAGAAUCAGAAGAAAUGCUCAUCGAUUCCGAACAAAUCAAUGAAUUGAAUUCGCAAAAUGAUUGGAUAAAACUGAAAAUUGAUAAUCUAUCAGAUGAACCAUUUUGCGAUUCAUUGUUGGCUGCUCAAAAAUUAUCGAGAAGAUAUGAAAAUGAAUCGGAAGAGAUUGAGAAUCGACGAAAAAAUAUCAAUGAUGUUAUUGCUGAUGUUAAAGUAAGAUUUCCUAUUGUCGAAUUUGAAAAAUGUGGCAGCCGUAAAAAAUGAAAAACAGUGCAGAGCUGAAUGAAUGACAAAGUCAUUACUUCGUCAGUCGCGUGCGGCUGUGCGUCGCGGCCGAAAAACAAAGGAAAAAAUAAAUAAUUGAUUGUUUUUCGACCGCGACGCACAGCCGCACGCGACUGACGAAGUAAUGACUUUGUCAUUCAUUCAGCUCUGCACUUUUUUUCAUUUUUUACGGCUGCCACAUUUUUCAAAUUCGACAAUAUCUAUUUUUCGAAACUCCUUCUUUUUUCCAGAGAAAUGACACGAUUUCACGAAUCUUCACUCAAAUAAUUGAAGAUAUUGAAAGAAAUUGGAGCAAAAUGAAAAGAAUGUUUGAUGAAAGAGGCGGAUAUUUGGAAGUGAUUUUGAAACUAUUUGAAUAUGACGAAGAAAGUGUAAAUGUUUGGGAAUGGAUUCGAGAAAAAAUGAUGUUUGUUGAUUCGGUGGAAAAGAAAGAAGAAGAGGAUAUCAAUCGAUAUUUUGUCAAAAAAUUGGAAGAUACACGAACUGAAGUUGUCAAUUUUCAACCGAAAGUUUUGAAUUUGCACAAACUUUUGGAUGAUGCAUUCAUUCAAUCGAAUGGAGAUGUUAAUUCGAAUAAUUCAGCACAGCUUAAUCGAUUUGUGAGUUUUCCUGGAAAUUUCAAUCCUGAAAUUAAUUGUUUUGUAUUCUUUUAGAAAAAUGAUUUGACCAGAAAACAAAGAGAAAUCGAUAGUGAUUAUGCUGCAUUGAUGAGAUCGAUUGAAAGAAAAUCAAAAGAUUUGAUCCAAUUUGUACAAGAAUCUGAAAUUCAUCGAGAUAUUCAAGAUGUUGAAAAAUGGAUUGAGAGCAAUGAAAAAGUUUUGAAUCGAAUUAUCGCAAAAGAUGGAAAUAUUGAUGAAAUAAAUCAGGAUAUUGAGAAUAAAUUGGAUGAUGUCGAUUUGAAUUUGAAUAGAAAACGAGCGAAUUUGACGGAAAUGAAGUGUCAAUUGGUUAGAGAUGGAUCGAUUCCGGCGAAUAUUCAGAAAAUUGAUGAGGCUUUUUCAACGUGAGAUUUUUUCUGCUUUUUUUUUCAAAUCUUCAGAAGUUGGUACCUAUAAAAAUAAAAGCUCGAUAAAUUUAGCUCCCCAACAGUGUUUAUUAGUAGAACAGCUUGAGCUUCCCCAUUUCCCUUCCCUAAUUUUUGUUGUUAAUUUCAGCCUUGAUGUAUUUGCAUUCGAAGUUGAAAGAAUGCGACAAAAAACGAAAAGAACUCAAAUUUUGAAAUAUUUACGCAAUGAAUUUGAUGAUAUUAUUGGAGAUAUUCAAGUGAUUUGUGAGAGAUUUGAAGUUCCGACGAGAAUAAAUCAACCAACUGAAAGUGAAAUUGAGAUUUUGAGAAAACGCGUUUUGGGUUGUUUUGAGAAGUCGAAGGAAAUUAAGGCGAAUAAUGCGGAUUUGGCACCGAAAAUUUAUGAUUUGGAAGAGAAAUUGGACAAAGAAUGGAAUAAAUUGGCGAAAUUGGUCGAUGAGAGGUUUGUGCGCGAAAUUUUGAGCCCUAUUUUUCUUGAUUUUCAGACGAAAACAAGCUGAAAAUGCAAAACUCUUGGCUGAAAUUGAAUCAGAACUCAUUGACCUCGAACAUUGGUUUGAUUCUUUCAACGAAGAAAUCAAUAUAAUGACAAGUGGAAUUCAUGAUAGUCUUGGUGUUCAAAUUGCAAUUGAAUCAGUUUGCACUUGGAAGUAAGGACCCUCUUUUUUGUUGAAAAUUAAAAUUUGAUGAACUCAAUUUUCAGGGAAGAAUUGGUUCAACGAAACAAUCAAUUGAAUAAUGUGAAUAAUUUGAUGCGUGAACUUGAAAAACCGGAUGAGCAUUUGAAUCGACGAAGAGAUCAAAUUGAAUUGGAAUUGGAAGAAGCUGCAAGAACUAUCAAUUCGAAACAUGAAUAUCUUAUUGAUUUUUUGGAGAUUAUUCAUGCGGAGAGAAAUAUUGAUAGAGUGAGUUUGGGGGAAAAUGAAGUAGUAAACUAUUUGGAAAUUUUCUGAAGUGGGGCCAGAUUUUGGUCAAUAAAAAAGAGCAAGUUUGGAAUUAAUAACCUAUUUUGUUAUUUCCACAAAAUCCUGACAUUUUCAGAUGCAAUCCUGGAUUGUUACAAAACGUCGAAUUUUGAAUGAUGAUAACAACAAUAGCCAAAAUCCCAAUAAUAUUGUUCGAAAAAUGAGUGAAAUCGAAAAAAUGUUGAACAACAGAAAAGCCGAAUUCGAAGAAUUGAAGGAUUUUGUGAGAUUAUUGAGAAAUAAGCCGGAUAGUUUGGAAAGAACUGAAGUUGAAGAGAAAUUUGAGAAUCUUGCGGAAGAAUGGAGACAAUUGGAAGAUGAUUUGAAGAAAAAAGAGGUUUGGGUUUGGGUUACUGUAAUGCCAUACUAUAUCCGAUUUUCAGUUUGAUUUCAAUGAAUCAAUGUCUCAAUUAUUGGUUGAUGAAGAAUAUGAUAAAGUAAAUGGAUGGAUUGAGAGCAAAUUUGAAAUUAUCAAGCAAACUGAACAAAAUGAUCAGAAUAUUGAGAAACAACAGAAACAUUUUGACACAAUUUUCACUGAAAUACGCGAAUUUCAACCGAUUUAUGAGGAUUUCUUGAAAAGUAGGGUUAUUUUUGAAAAUCUUUAAAAAUAUCAUUUUUUCAGAUGAACUUAUUGAUCCGGAAAGAGUUAGCAAAAUCGUGACAGUUUGGACAAAACUUGUUGAAACUGUGACAGUUCGAAAACGAUUUUUGGAAAAUAAAGCGGAAAGAAAUCGAGUUUUUCAAAAUUUGAAUUCAAUUCUCGAAUGGUUUUAUGAUUCGAUUGAAGAUGUUGAAGGAAUGAAUGCGGAAAAUAUGUAUAGACAAAAUGAUUGUGAUAAACUCUUGAGAAAAUUGGAAGCGAUUUAUGAGACAGCAAAUGUGAAAUAUGGAGACGUUCGAAAUAUUCGACAAUUUGUAUCAAAUAAUUCGAAAAUAUUUGAAAAUGAUAUUGAGAAAAUAAAUGAAAUAAUGGAAGAUGUGACGAAUAAGAAAGAUUUGUUGAUUGAAUUGGUUAAAGAUAAAGAAGAGGAUUUUGAAUGUUGGAAAGAUAUGCAAAAUAUUGUGAAAUCGAUUGAUGAUGAAAUUUGUUGGUUUAAGUGAGUUAUUAUUUUCUCAGACAUGAAACUUUUUCCAAAAAAUAUAUUUUUCCAGAGAAUUGAGUGUUAUAAUUUCAAGCAGUGAUGUCGGUCAAAAUUUGGAAAUUCUGAAGAAUAAUAAUCGAACACAUGUUAGAUUAUUAAAUGAAAUGGAAAGAAGAAAAUCGAAAACAAUUCCAAUAAUUGAUCGAGCAAUGGAAUUAUUAUCAUACAAAUCGAGACCUGCUCUUAUCCAUAAAAUUGAUGAAAUUGACGAAAAAGUUGGACAAAUGCAAAAAUUGAUUGAAAAUAUUGGACAAUUGGCUGAAAUUCGAACGGAAAGAUUUGAUAAAUGGAAAGAUUUCUUUGAAUUGUUUGAGGAUGUUAAAGAAAAAGAGAGAAUUAUGGAAGAAAUUGAGAAAUUAUUGACAAGAAAUGAUGGAAAUAAUGAGAAAUUGUUGGUUGAAAUUGAGGAAAAUCUGAGAUUGUUGGAUGGAAUGCAAAAAGAUAUUGGAGAUUUGAAAAGAAACGCUGAAAAGGUUGGGAUUUUGGAAUUUUUGAACGACAGUAAUCACAGAAUUUUGGUGCUACAAAUUAAAUAGUCCGCCCUGAAAUUUUAGAAUCUCAAAGAAUAUAAUUACAGAUGUCUUCUGAUGAAAUGUUGAGAACAAAAGGAGCUGAAAAUAGUGUGUCAAAAUUAAUUUCAACAUGGAAUGAUUUGAAAAAUAAAUUGAAUAUCAAAAGAAAAUCCAUCGAAGAAAAUGUGGAACAUUCGAAAUUCUUGUGGAAAUGUGACACAACUUUGCAAUGUUUGGAGGAUCAGAAAAUUCGAAUCUCAAAUCUGAUUCGACAAAAAAGACCGGCUUCGAAUUUCGAGAAUGCACAAUAUCAUUCGACUGUCACUUUUAUUCAGAAAUAUCAGAUUGAUGUUAUUGAGAGGUUGGUGUUUUUUGUUGAAAAUUUGAAUUUAGGUCAUUUUGUCAUGUUCGCGGUAGAAUUGUAACCUAAUUUCGAGAUUAAAAAUCUAUUUUUUUUAAAUUUCCCUCCGGUCUGUAAUUAUUAUUGUUACAGUUUGAUUGAAUCGGCUGAUUUAUUGAAACAACAAAAAGGUCGACAAGAAAGAGAAUUGCAUUUGAAAAAUGUGUUGAAUAAAGUGACGAAUCUUCAAGAAGAAUUGGAUUUUUUGGCGAAGAAAAUUGAAAAUGAUUUGGAACGAAAACAAAGAAUCGAAAAAUUGCAAGAUGAAUUCAGCCGAAAAGCCAGCGAAUUAUCGAAUUGGAUUGAACAAGCACAAGAAGAUAUUGCGGAUAUUGUUGGAUUUGAAACGGAAGAAUCGACGAACGAAUGUAUGAAUAUUCUUGUACAAAUUGCUGAUGAAAUGAAGAAUGAGAAAGUUCAGAUUUUGAGUGAUUUGGAAUUGAUUGAAGUUGAAUUAAGUGAGAAUAAUGAGGAUGUUCGAUGUUUCACGUGGCAUUCCUACGAAAAAUUAUCGAUUUAUUUCGAUAAACUUGUCAUUACUGUCAGAGUAAGUUUUAUGAUUUUCUAAAACGUGGAAAAAUUUCCAAUAGAGCGAAGUUGAAUCAAAAAUUUUCAGGAGCGCACAAAAAUAGUGGAAAACGAGAUGAUUCGACAUUCGGAGAAUUCGAAAAUUUGCAAAGAAGCUGCUGAACUUCUCAAAAAAUGUAAAGAUGUUUUGAAUUCGACGAAAAAAGAAUUGAACAGAUUAUCGAAUGUUUCAUUAGAUGAUCAAUAUAAAAAUGUGUUGUUUUUGAUUGAGAAAUUGAAUGGAAGUGGAAUGAUUGAGGAAUUGGAACAUUUGAGAAAUUUGAUGGAAUCUCGAUAUAUAUUUGUUAAUCGGUAAGGGGUUUUUGAAGGGUUUUGCAAGAUGGAUUUGUUUUUCAGAUUCACGCAAUUGACACCAAACGGACUUCUUGUUGAUAUUUGUCAUUGUUUGGAUUUGAUGGGUUCGAUGCUACGAAGUGUUGAACAAUCGAUUGCGGAUCGAGAAAAUAAUGGAGUCACCGAAAAACAAUUGAGAGAAUUUGAACAAUCUUUUGAUUAUUUCGACAAGGUUGGACUUUUUAUACUGAAAAGUUUUGGAUUGAGAAAUAAUGGAUAAAUAUCCAUUUCAGUUUUUCAAAAAAUUGUUUCAGCCUGCAAAUUUUUCAGACUCACGAUGGCUCUCUUGAUUACAACACUUUCGAAUUAUGCUUGAAAAGUCAAGGAUACGAAUUUGUUAUAACUGAACAAACAAUUGAAACAAUGACUGUACUUGAUCCAUCCAGGUAAGAUUUUCCUCGAAUUUAUUACUAAUAAUCUAAUAAUUUUGUUUCCAGAAGUGGCAAAAUUAUGAAAAAUGAUUAUAUGAAAUGGAUGGUGAAAAAUGAAACAACCAAUGUUUUUGAUGAUAAAGUUGCGAUUGAAGAUGCGCUCAAAAGCUUGGAUGCUAAGAAAUUGACUGAUGUAUGUGAUUUUUAACCUGAAAUUUACCUGAAUUUGAAUUGUUUGCAGAGUAUGUCACGAAAAGAGGCGGAAUUUUUCCUGAGUAGAAUUCCUCAAAAUACUCAAACUAUCACUGAACAUGUUCAUCUUGAAUAUAAGGAUUUUAUUAAAUCUUUUUAUUGA